GGAAAUUAAGCCACGCAAGAUAUUCGGGAUCUGAUGUGUAUCUCCAGACGGUUAUUUCGGGACCGGGAGAUUGAGAUAUAUUUAGAUGCAAGGACGUCCAUCAUAACUGCUGUGCAGUUGUUCGAGCGGGAAGCUCUGGAUUUACUCUUCACUCCGGUUGUAAAGGAACUACUGUCGAAUUUAUUCACUGCUGGACCGUCAUCCAUCAAAGGAUGGAAAGAAAAAUUCUUCUUUGUGGAUGACACCGAGUGGAGCAGGAGGGAUGCCGAAGUGGAACAGUUGUCUGCUUGGAAAGCAAAGAAAACCAAGCAGAACAACUAUAAGUUGAACAAGGAUGAGGUGGAGGAGGUGGAGAAGCUGGUGAGGGAAGAUGGAGACGUAGUGGAUAUCUUGUACCUCACCAGUCCUAAGGCAAUAGAAGCUGUUGAGCUCUAUGGGCCAAGCUCAUUGAGCGAAGCUGAGAUGGACGAAUAUAUCAAUGCUGUUGGAGGGCUGCGCAUCCCCAAGAAGCCAAGGAAGAAGUCAAAGACUUCGACUGCGGCAGACAAAGGGGCGGUAGAGAAAGAGCGCCUGCCCAGCGCUUCUGUUCGAGUGCUGGAGAUACAGCAGAGACCAGAGCCUGCAAGGGGGAAUAGUGAGGAUGUGAGUGAGGAGGUGGCACCACUCCAGAGGAAGAAGAGGAAGGUGGCUGAACCAAAGGUGAGGGGGGAUGAGGUGGCUGAGUUCGUACCUCGCCCCUCUGCUCCUGAAAUCAACCCUGAGGUCAGGGAAAGGGAAGGGGCUGAGGUGCGAGGCCCUGGCAGGGGCAAGGAGCUCAUCCCUCCUCAUUUGUACGAGAAGAGCUUGUUUGAGGCGGCAAACACGACUGGGGCGAAGCACUUCCUCAACUGUAUUCUCCUUGAGGUGGAUAGGAGGCGGGCGAGGGAUGAGGCGGUGAGUCGGCUAGGAGCUACUGUGGUGAGGCAUGCCCUGGAGAGUGUAAGCUGGACAAACGCUCUAGCGCAGGAGUACGCGGAGAGUGUGAGAGAUCGUGCCAGCUUGCAGAGGCAGUGCGAGCAGCUGCAGAAGGAGAGGGAGGAGCUGCAAAUGGAGAAGGAGGAGUGGCAGAAAGAAAGGAAAGAGAUGCAGAGGAGGCUGGAUGAGGUUCUUCCUUCAAUUACCGGACUCCAGAACGACAAUGAUGUCCUGAGCAUGAAACUCGUUCUUGAAGAACACAAGAGGAAGAUCUGCGAAGACAAGCUCGAGGCUCAGGAUAAAUAUAUUGAGAACAUGAAGAAAGGAGCAGCGGAGCUGAAGAAGAAUGUGAACCUGCUAGUUCACAAUGGGAUGGAGGAGCAUAUUGGUAACUUCCUCAACUCCAGCACGUUCAAGAACAUCAUCAACCUCUAUCGGCUGCCUACCGCCAUCGUGGCCUUUACCGACUGUAGAAAGAAGGUGAAGGCUCAGUAUUUGGAGGUGGACGUCAGAACGGUCACUUUUGGGGAGCAAGAAGAAGGGGUGGAGGAAGAUGGUGAGAGCCUCUCUGCUGACUUCCGACCUCAAAUUACUCUAAGGUGGGAGCGUGAUGCAGAGGGGUGCGCCAUUUUUACUCCAGCCUUUGAUGCUGAGUUGGUGGUCGUGGAGGAAGAAGGAGAAGAAGAAGAAGGAGCGCAAGGCACUAGAGUUGAGGAUCAGGCAGCAAUGGCCGAAGUGCAACCUCCCGAAGUGCAUCCAGUCUCCUCUGACGAGGUGCAGCAGCUGGCUCCUCCUAAAGCAGAAGUGCCGCCCCUGCCUACUGGAGAUGAACCACCCCCUCUACCUCUUCCUGCUGAGGAGCAGCCUCCUCCUUCAGCAGAGUAGCUUAGGUCUUCAUAUCUUAUAGUUAUUUUUGUUUUUAUUUUUGUAAAAACAUUUUUGUAAUUGAUUGUUUACAAAUUUAUAAAAUUUUUGAAAUUAU